AUGUCGCUAAGCUGCCGUUUUUACGAGGAGAAGUACCCGGAGAUCGAUAGCUUUGUCAUGGUCAAUGUCAAGCAGAUCGCCGAGAUGGGUGCCUACGUUAAGCUUCUAGAGUACGACGACAUCGACGGCAUGAUCUUGCUCUCUGAGCUUUCCCGAAGACGUAUCCGAUCUAUUCAGAAGCUCAUCCGAGUCGGUCGCAAUGAGGUCGUCGUGGUACUCCGUGUGGACAAAGAGAAGGGUUACAUCGAUCUUUCCAAGCGACGAGUGUCUCCCGAGGAUAUCGUGAAGUGUGAGGAGCGAUACAACAAGAGCAAGAUGGUUCACUCCGUCAUGGUACAUCUCGCCAAGGCCACCGAGAAGCCCCUCGAGGAACUAUACCAAGCUAUCGCUUGGCCCCUGAACAAGAAGUUCGGUCACGCUCUUGAUGCUUUCAAGCUCUCCAUCACCAACCCCGAGGUUUGGAACGACAUCACCUUCCCCGACGAGGUCACUGCCCAGGAGCUCAAGACCUACAUCAGCAAGCGACUCACACCCCAGCCCACCAAGAUCCGAGCCGAUGUCGAGGUCACCUGCUUCGGUUACGAGGGAAUCGAUGCUGUCAAGACCGCUCUUCGCACAGCUGAGGCCAAGAACACUGAGGAAACCCAGGUCAAGGUCAAGCUUGUGUCUCCUCCUCUCUACGUUCUCACCAGCACAUGCUUGGAUAAGGCUGUCGGUAUCGCCGGCUUGCAAGAGGCCAUUGUCGAGAUCCGCAACAGCAUUGAAUCUGCAGGCGGCCACUUGACAGUUAAGAUGGAGCCCAAGGCUGUCACCGAGAGCGAUGACGCCGAGCUACAGGCCCUGAUGGAGAAGCGCGAACGCGAGAACGCCGAAGUCAGCGGCGAUGAGAGUAUGAGCGACAGCGACGAGAACAUCGCUGAAACCGUCUAG